AUGGCUUCCAAAACUACCCUCUUACUGCUAUUAGCAAUAUUCGGAAGCAACUGCGAGGACGUCAAUCUGUCAGGCGAGAACGAGACUUACGUAGACGUACUAGACACGGAAGCGGACAGAGCGUACAGAUAUAAUACAGAAGCAGACAGGACAUACAGAUAUACUACAGAAGCAGACACAGAUGUAAGAGAAGACACAGAUAUAAAAGCAGAGACGGAUUCAACAGAUGGAUCUGAAACAACGAUACAGGACGCAACAGCGACGGAACCGUUCACUAUGUCGCUAGACAAUACUGUUUACGUUAGGGAGGUAGACGCACAAAGUCAAGAUAACAAUGAGCAGAUGGAACCAAUAUUAACUACAACAAGAGCUGCCGAUGCUAUUGACGGCAUCUCACCAAAUAUAUCUGAACUGGAUGAAGAAUUGGAGACGUCGGGGCAGCGAAACCCAAAAACAGACAGUUCGGAUGCCAAACCACCCCCCGAGACCAGAACCUACAAGCCCAAACCCACACCAGCUCUAAGCAAGACCUCCACACUUCGAUCUUGGCUGGAGGAUUCUUGGCUUCGACCGCCGGCUGGGGUGUUGGUGCCUCUGCGACCAGCUGCAUUAUCUAGAGCGCUUGCAGUUUGGAACGACCUGGUGUCAGAUGGGCUGAACCUGACGGACAUAGUUAUAGUGGGAUAUGAUGCCAAUGGGGUAAACUGGCGCUCGCGACACAACCUUCAACCGGCAACGACGACCGCUGGCGAUCGGGCCGUUGGUAACGCGCUAACGAAACUCCUGCGCAAGUAUCAAGAUGUUUACACGGACUCUACCAAUGAUGGAACCAUGCGAGCGCUGGCGUCAGCGGCUAAGCUAGUUCCAUAUGACAGCGCACUAUUCCUAGUGACUGAUAAGGCGCCAGGAGAUCCACAGCGGUUGCCGCUGGCCCUACGAGCCUUGGUGGAGAAGCGAUUAAAGGUGUACACUAUAUGGACGGACCCAAACUACCCUUCGGCAGAAUCUGAACUGGCGCUGCAGGAUUUGAAAAACAUCUCCUCGCACACGGAGGGCGAAGUCCUACCCUUCGCGUUGCCAAUAUCGGACUUGGACACGUCACUGUUAGCUGAGCUGCAGCAAUGGAACCCUUUGGAUGAUCAACCCAGGAGGGCCAGGGUCAAGAAGCUCCCUGGCUAUGACAAUUUUGACACUCUUCUAAUGAGGAAGGGAGGCGGAGAAGCAAUAUCCUUAGGGCUACCGGUGGAAAACGGGGUGACAGCAUUGAAGAUAUACCUGGAAGGAGCUAUAGAACAUGCUGUAUUGUACCCACCUAAUGAUGGCCAACAGAUAGACCUAUACAAUGCAUCAUCAAUCAGAUCCUUCUCAAGAACAUCAAGCUUCGAGGGUUUAUCACCACGAGAGGUGUACCUGGUGUUUCCAAGAAUGAGGCCAGACGAAGACAUGCUCUCCGUCCUCCCGGCCUUCCCUUCAGAAGACCAGGCCAUGGUUGGUCUGUGGCAUUUGAGCGUGCGCUGUGAUUUAUGCGACUAUCGCUUCCGGGUUGCUGCUAAAUCUAGCUUGCAUUUCAAUGUUGACGUUGUAGAGGAUAUGCUGAAACUGAAAGUGACCGGACCAGUGGCGAGCGUCCGCGACACUUUGCUGGUGGAUGAGUUUGGAAGCGAGUUAGCCAAACUGCCUUUCAGUUACCAACCACUAGCGGAAAUGGAGGGAGAGAGCAACACAGACAACAUCCAAGCCGAACUGGCGAUACCUAAUGUUGCCAGUUCGAAUGUAUAUGUCAGAAUAUUCGGACGCGAUAUCAAAGGUGAGCCGUUUACGCGUUUAUCCGGGCCCAUCCACAGACAGACAGAGGUGCGGCUAGGUAGAUCAGCGUCCAUAGUAUUCCCCGAGACUCCAAACGAUUUAGAAUUGGCUGAGGAGAUUGACUCUAUCAUUUACAAUGAACAGGCUGACAGAACUCCGUUUGCCAGAGCUAUAUCACAGGUCUUAAAUCAAAGUGGAAUGGCGUUAACAACAAUACAAGUCGGCUUGAGUACCAGGUUAUAUGGAGUCCCAGGAGAUAGAUUACAGUUGUACUUCGAAGUAAGCAACUAUCGACAACAAGCAGUAAGAUUCAACUUCGGCGCUGUUGGUAAACUAAAUUUGUUGCGAAGCGUCGAACCCGAAUUCCGCAACGUGGGAGCAGGGGAGACAGUAACCGUUAUAGUCAAUUUGCAAAUAGCGACGACAACACCCCCUGGAGGACGGGACGAAAUAGUUUUCAGUGUUUAUUACGGCACAGAACAAGUAUCCAUAUCGAGCUACGUAUAUAUCCUGAACCCAAAUCAGGUGAUAACCGACGUAAACGCCCCGGCCAUCAACCACAACUUCGAGGGCUCCUGCAUGCUACGUCAGGGUACAGACUGCGCAGAAUACACCUGGUCUACCACGAUCACAGCGCGAGAUACUAACGCCGGAUUGCUCCGCCUAACAUCAUCCCCACUGGGGGUGUUCUACGACAACAACUUCGUGUCUGGCUCGAAGGACCAAGUCACCGCUAUGUAUAGGGCCACUUGUUGCGCGCCACGCGUGAUCAUAAAUGCAGUGGAUGCUUUGGGUAAUACUAAUAGCUACACUAUCGAUAUAUCAAACUAUAUACCGCCAGCCGCUAUAGCAGCUAUUGUAUUGGGUGUGAUCCUGCUAACAGCACUUUUAGCUCUCCUAAUAUUCCUAAUUUACUGGUGCGUGAGGAGGCGAAAGGACGUCAGAGACUUGCCUACUUACACAUCUAGAAAUGAGCGCAUAACAAAUUUUUCACAUAAAGAUUAA